AUGGGUUACGUCAAAACUGCUGAGGAGGUCGAGGCCUAUGAUUCCUUCUAUACAAAGGUCAACUCCAAUGUUCACGCUGUAGGUGCGGCCUUUGUAACGACAGAGGAAUUCGCUCGCUCAGUGGUCCCACCCUGCUUUGAGAUCCCAUCUCCUCCCACAGGAAGCUUCUAUGCUUGCACCAACUGUGAGGAGAUCGAUGGCGAACGGACCGGCGAAGACGAGGAAGCUGGCGUUGUCGCCAUCGACGUCCUGUACGAAGGCCGUCCCGGCAGCUACUCGCUUUCCGUCUUCGUUACUCGAGACCAGUCAAUGGCUACGGGCCGUGAGGCCUGGUCCAUGCCUAAGAAACUUGGCGAGGUGCAUCUGAUGGGCAAUGGCCUGAAAGCAAUCGUCAUGGCUCAGCGUAAGGGCGCCGAGAUGCGACUUGAGACCGUCCUCAAGGCUCCAGAGUUCUUCUCGUCCCCAGAGCCUACAACCUCUACCUUCUAUGAGCUCAAGACGGGAAUCAAUGCUGCCGGUGGACUUCAGCACGCACCGGUCCUUAUUGAAUUCCAAGUGACUCAGAGGACCUACAUGCAUCAGGACGCCGAUGUGAACAAGACCGAAAUAUUCCUCAAAGGAACUGACGAUGAUCCCCUACACACUGUACCUGUUCGCCAGAUCACUUCGGCGUAUUCGUCUGGCUUCAUCAUGAACACCAAGGUGUGCAGACAGGUCCAGCUAGCUACCGACGUUGAUUACCGUCCCUACAUGUAUGGUCGAUUCUUCGAUGACUGGCCACGAACUGCUGCAAAGGCCAAGAAGGCCCGACAAUCGCAUCAACGGAACUAG